AUGUCUCGCCGAAACGAUAGUUCGAGAAGACAUCGCAAAUCACGUGCUGUCAAAAAUGAUCACGAAUAUCCGUUGGUUUCGUUCGAUGGAGGAGUUGAGUCCUACGAAAUCCCAGCCGACGAGGGCAAAAGCCCAGUUCACACUCGUCUCUCGCAGACUUCGACUCCAGGGGAAGUGAAGUACAUGGAUGAGAUUGCUCUGCUCAAGCGUGGACGUAUCGAUAAAGAUGCGCCGAAGCAUCCAUACAACCGUCGUGGACAGCCACCGCCGAUCUCUGAACUCUCGAUUCCAUCGCCGCUUCCAACGAAAAGUCCGGGUCUUCACACUGUGAUGAAUGGGGUUCCAGAUGCCACGAAAAGCUACAAAGUCGGAUCCGAUGGAGAAUUGAAGUACUCGACAAUCAAGGGUGGAGGCGAAAGAUACGAGCUCUCCUCUGACAAGCAAUUCACAUGCUUCCAACAAACUGCUGGCGAAACUUGUCUCUUCACUUUCAGAGAUUAA